AUGACAGCAGCGCUCGGGCGACAUACACGGCUGGCGUGCUCGUUCUACCGCGGUGGCACGUCCAAAGGCCUGCUGUGGUCCACCUCAAUCCUCGCACCUUUUGCGCCUUUGGUGCGCGACCGUAUCAUCUGCCAUGCCAUGGGCUCGCCCGAUCCCGACAAACGUCAGAUCGACGGCCUAGGUGGGGGGAUCAGCUCGCUUUCCAAGACUGCCGUUGUGGGCGCACCGGAUUCAAAGCUUUCCAAGCGGCUCCAAUCGAGGGGGGAAGCGUUUGCGGGUGUGGAUUUCGCCGACGACGAACAACUUGCUUCUCGCCGCGAGGGAGGGUGGGAUCUGGUGUAUCGUUUUGGCCAAGUACCCGUUGAAAAGGCGACCGAGGUGGAUUGGACAAGCACGUGCGGCAAUCUCGUUUCGGCCGUGGCACUCUUCGGCCUGCACGAAGGACACGUGAAGCAGGCUAGGAUCGCAGAGGCUUUCCAAGAGGUGGUGGGCAGGCAGCCGAGGUUGGGCGAUGGAUUCGCUUUUCCAGCACGGCUGUUGGUGGCUUGUUCGGGGCAGAUCGUGCGUGCCAAUGUGCCAGUCACUCUGCAUGCUGUCGGGGGAGAGACGAUGUGGUGGCCAGACUUGGAAGGCGAUGUAAGCAUAUCGGGCGUUCCAGGAACCGCACCGGGCAUCCUCAUCGAGACUCCUCUUGGUGAGGAUUUGCUACCGACGGGAAACCAGUCCGAUACGGUUUCAGUUGACGGGGCCGAGUACCGCGUGUCGGUGAUCAACGCCGGCCUGCCCACGAUCUUUAUUGCGUCCGACUCGCUUGGCUCCGUACUGGACCCGGAACAACUUGCUGUGCUAUCACCAGCGCAACUGGAUGCCAAUGUAGCCCUGAUGGCGCUUUUGGAUAGGCUGCGCGUGGCAGCAGCACAGCUAACACCGUGGUUGAGCAAGACACUCAGUCCGUCGGCACCCAAGAUCUGCAUCGUCCAUCCCACCCCCCCACAGGGCUACUCCACGACCGGGGGUGAAAAGGUCGCAAAGGAGCAUAUGGAUCUGCUUAUCCGCGCAGUCAGCGUGGGCAAUCUGCAUCGAACCGUCCCGGCAACCUGUCUGUCGGCACUCGCUGCCGCAAGAGCGUUCCCGGAGUCGACCAUCGAACAAUCCAUCCACGCCAAGACAACGGAAGGGCAGGGGGGGAUUCUUUCCAUUCGCGUAGGUCAGCCGGCUGGAGUCUCCGAGGCAAGCGUCAAGGUCCGCCCUGCGUCAGCGCAUGAACAGCGCAGGGGCCUCAAGAGUGUGCCCGAGUCGAUUGUGUACUAUCGCACCGCGCGCAGAAUCAUCCAGGGCCUUGUAGACGUUCCCCCCUCCAUUCUGCAAUCCUAG